AGAGCGCACCACAGCUCGUACCUUCUUCAGCCCUCCGCAUAACAGUUUCCAUGUCUGAGUGGACGCGUACCGACACAGAUGGUUUCAUUACGGUAUCCCGCUGUAUGCUGACCGAAACUACAGUUCUCUAGGAAAGAUCUCCCCGUGUUACCGGUUGAGUUUUUGGAUGCGCCAUGCAAUCUCGCUGGUUGAGUGACAUUCGGCUGGUGGCAUGGACGUGGGUUUGGAGUCUGGCAUUGCUCGGAGCGUGGUGCAUCCCAGCAAAUGAAGUGAACCUGUUGGAUUCUCGUUCUGUGAUUGGAGACCUAGGAUGGGUGGCCUACCCUAAGAAUGGGUGGGAGGAGAUUGGUGAAGUAGACGAGGACUACGCCCCCAUCCACACCUACCAAGUGUGCCGGGUCAUGGAGCAGAACCAGAACAACUGGCUCCACACCAACUGGAUCCUGACUGAGGGCGCCCAGCGGGUCUUCAUCGAGCUCAAGUUCACCCUGAGAGACUGCAACAGCUUGCCUGGGGGGGUCGGAACCUGCAAGGAGACGUUCAACAUGUACUAUUAUGAAACAGAUGGAGAUGAGGAGGACAAUGGAGAGAUGAGAGAUGGAACAGGGAUGAUGGACGAGGAAGACAGGGUGAUGAAGGAGAGCAGAUAUAUCAAAAUUGACACCAUAGCAGCUGAUGAGAGCUUCACCGAGCUGGACCUGGGGGACCGUGUAAUGAAGCUCAACACUGAAGUGCGUGAUUUAGGUCCUUUAACCCAGAAAGGCUUCUACCUGGCUUUUCAGGAUUUGGGGGCCUGCAUUGCUUUAGUCUCAGUGCGUGUUUUCUACAAACGAUGCCCGUUACUAGUGAAGAGUCUAGCUGAGUUUGGCGCCACCAUCCCAGGUUCUGAGGCCUCACAGCUGGUGGAGGUCGUGGGUCGAUGCGUCAAUAACUCCCUGCCUUUAUAUGAGCCUCCCAGGAUGCACUGCAGCACAGAGGGAGAAUGGUUGGUGCCUAUUGGGAAGUGUGUGUGCCAGCCAGGCUUCGAGGAAAUCAAUGGGUCCUGUCAAGUCUGCAGAGUGGGGUUUUACCGCUCGCUGCUGGAGUCAUUGGUCUGCAGUAAAUGUCCACCCCACAGUGUGGCCAGGCAGGCGGGAGCCACCGCAUGCAGCUGUGAAGAUGGAUACUAUAAGAUUGACUCUGACCCUCCUAACAUGGCUUGCACACGCCCACCUUCUGCCCCGCGAAAUGCCAUCUCUAAUGUCAAUGAGACCAGCGUCUUCCUGGAGUGGUCCAUCCCCAUGGAGACAGGUGGCAGGAAGGAUGUGCGUUACAACAUCCUGUGCAGACAGGUCUUGCCAGAUGGAAGGGGCUUGGAAGAAUGCGGCCCUAAUGUACGUUUUCUGCCACGGCGACUUGGCCUGUCAAACACCUCGGUGAUGGUGGCCGACCUGCAGUCACACACCAACUACAGCUUCCUGUUGGAGGCUGUCAACGGGGUGUCAGAGCUAGCCAAGGACCACACAAAGCAGUAUGUGUCACUCAAUGUGACAACCAAUCAGGCAGCACCUUCUCCAGUCAGUGUGGUGAGGAAAGGUCAUACGGGGAAGAGUAGCAUCGCCCUUUCUUGGGCAGAGCCUGAUCGCCCUAACGGCAUCAUUCUGGAGUACGAGAUCAAGUAUUUUGAAAAGGAGCAGGACUCCAGUUAUACUAUAAUAAAAUCCAAGGAGACCGAGAUGGUGGUGGAAGGCCUCAAGCCCUCUUCAGUCUACAUCUUCCAGGUGCGAGCCAGGACCUCAGCGGGCUAUGGCACAUUUAGCCGACGAUUUGAAUUCCAGACCAGCCCUUACUUAACUGCUACCAGUGAGCGUGCUCAAGCUUCAGUAGUAGCAGUGGCCAUCACGUUGGCUCUGGUCCUACUGGCAGUAGUUGCUGGAUUCCUGCUCAGUGGACGGCGGUGCGGCUACAGCAAAGCAAAGCAGGACCCUGAGGAAGAGAAGAUGCACUUUCACAAUGGUCACAUUAAGUUCCCGAGGGUGCGUACCUACAUUGACCCGCUGACCUAUGAAGAUCCCAACCAGGCAGUGCAUGAAUUUGCCCAGGAGAUUGAUGUGUCUUUCAUCUCCAUAGAGAGAAUCAUUGGUGCUGGGGAGUUUGGUGAGGUGUGCAGCGGCCCACUGAGGCUGCCGGGGAAAAGAGAGAUGCAGGUUGCCAUUAAGACCUUGAAAGCAGGCUACACAGAGCAGCAAAGACGUGACUUCCUCUGGGAAGCGUCAAUCAUGGGCCAGUUCAACCAUCCAAACAUCAUCCGUUUGGAGGGCGUGGUGACCAAGAGCAAACCAGUGAUGAUCAUUACUGAAUACAUGGAGAAUGGAUCACUGGACACAUUCCUUAAGAAAAACGAUGGUCAGUUCACUGUAAUCCAGCUGGUUGGAAUGCUGCGUGGCAUCGCAUCUGGCAUGAGGUACUUGUCUGACAUGGGAUAUGUCCACCGUGAUCUAGCAGCUCGUAACAUCCUGGUCAACAGUAACCUUGUAUGUAAAGUCUCUGAUUUCGGCUUGUCCCGAGUCCUGGAAGAUGACCCAGAGGCUGCGUACACCACACGGGGUGGGAAGAUUCCUAUUCGCUGGACAGCUCCAGAGGCGAUCGCAUACAGGAAGUUUACCUCAGCCAGUGAUGUGUGGAGUUACGGGAUUGUCAUGUGGGAAGUGAUGUCAUACGGGGAGAGGCCAUACUGGGAGAUGUCCAAUCAAGAUGUAAUAAAAGCAGUAGAGGAGAGCUACAGGUUGCCGGGUCCUAUGGACUGCCCCGAGGCUCUGUACCACCUAAUGAUGGACUGCUGGCAGCGAGAUCGCAAUAACCGCCCCAAAUUUGAUGAGAUUGUUUGUUUAUUAGACAAACUCAUUCGCAAUCCCAGCUCAUUAAAAAAACUGGUUAACUCCUCACACAGGGUUUCCAACCUUUUGGUGGAGCAUGCCAGUUUAGACGGGGACUGCAGCACUCUGAGCCAAACUGUAGGAGAGUGGCUUGACUCCAUCAAGAUGGGUCGUUACACUGAACUCUUCAUGGAAGGGGGCUAUUCUUCACUGGAAACAGUGGCUCAGAUGACGUCUGAGGAUUUGCGGAGAGUCGGAGUGAACCUGGCUGGACAUCAGAAAAAAAUCAUCACUAGCAUUCAGGAAAUGAGAGUGCAUAUGAACAACACCAACUCUACUGUAAACAUCUGAUGCACAUGUACAGGCAUGCACACACACACACACACACACACACACACGCACAAUACAGUAUAUGGGCCUAGUAUGUGACAAAAACACUCAGAUUUGCUGUUGGACCUAGAGCGGCUUAGCACUUUCUGCAGACAUGGAAACCCAUGGAUCUGAACUGGUGGAUCCCUUGUUGUGUGGUUCUCAUGUGGAGUUUGCUUGUGGUGUUAUUGCGGAUAUUUGACAUUGCGGUGCUAAAACUGAACGACAACUGAUGUAAAGGGAACAUGAUGAUGAGAUUGCUGAACUGAAUUGCGUUGAACUCAAGUGAAUUAUUGCGAAUCAUGAGGAUUCUGAUGUCUCUGCACUGUUUGGAUUCUCUCAGAUCAGAUAUCUAUCACAAACUGCAGAUCUGUCGCAGAGCAAACAACACUUUUUGGCUGUAUCACAGAUGUGGGAGUUUCAUGCAACAAACUUUUUUCAGCCUGUCUCAGGUGAUCAGAACAGUACUGGCUUAUUCUCUGGAAGCACAGUUCUGUCAGGAGUCUGUGAACUGAACGCCAUUCUCAGGCAGGGUAAACAUAAUAAUGGACCAAGAGUGAAUUCUUCAUUAGUUUGACUCUUUGCUUUGCCAACUUCAUAUUCAGCAUCAUAUACAUUGUUAUCUUCCAAAGCAAUGCAAGAUGAUAUUACAUAAUUCCACCUUCAUUGUUUCAAAAAGGCUCAAUUUUAAUCUAGGUCUUAUUGAGCCUACAAAAGGAAAGUGAGAAAUAAUAGAAGGUUUUAGCCACUAAAAUGAUCUAUAUCUGUUCUCUGUGGCUGAAUGUAUAGCACUACACAGAACACAACACUCAGCUGCACCAUUAAACUGGUGUGGCUUGAUAUGUAAAUGCUGUCAAGUAGGCAAAGAAUGUGGCAAUAGAGCCAUUCUAGUCCUUAAAUCCAGCUACUGAAUGAAGCUGCAGAUUGCAUGAGGCAUCUGGCAGCUGAUUUGCUGUAAUUUGUGCUCUGAAAAACUGUAAGAAUCUCAACUAAGAUUUUGAUGGGAUCUUGACUGAUAGAACUCACCUGGAAAAUUGCCUCAUAUAAUGGAUACUCCACGCAUCUUUUAAUGGAACUUUCACUUUGAGUUUUAGGAACCUUUGUGCUAAUUUUCGAGCUGCAUUUCAAAUCAGUCAAAUGACUUAGCUGAGAGCCACGAAGAAGUGUUUACUGAAAUUCAUCUGGAACCUUUGCUCAGACACUAAUUCAUCCUCCACCCAGAGUCAUGAGAACCUUCAUUUGGAUUCAAAUGAAACACCAUCCAUGUCCAAACAACAGCAUCAGACAUUCAUAGUGAACAGGCAGACAGACCCUACCAGUAAGCCUGAGUAGAACAUUCAUUCCAGUGGAAAUUUCAUUAUGAAAAUUUGUGGAAUGUUCAGCUGAUCCUGAGUAGCAUUUGUUCAUGCUACUCAGAUUCUCAUGGAAUGGAUCACCCAGAUAUGAGUGGGUCAGUUUAGUGUUACUCUAAUGGAACCUUCACUCAAGUUCCAAUGCAACCUUCACUCAAGAGUGCACUCAGAUCUUCAUGGAGCCUUCACAUAGAACCAGCAGUCUUCAGGUACCGCAGAAAACCCUCAACAAUCCGUUCAGCUCACCAUGUCGCAGUCUCUCUCCACCAUAUGUCUGCCAUGCUACAAUAAACCGCACUCUCACUAGACUGCUGAAAAUAAGGAGGCAAUAUUGACAACAUAAUAAUCAUUUAUUUAUUUAUACUUGUUUUUAAAAAGUCUGCAAAAUGAUGUGCAGUUUGUGUUUCAUCAUUAUAUUGUCCCUUGGAUGACUGAGCAGCUCUGCCAUUAUGUUUUUCAUGUAUAUAAUGUAUUAUAUAUUUAAAGCAGGGAGCAUUGUUCUGUCAACCAUCAUGUGGAAAAGCUGGUAUUGAUCAAGCAGC